AUGAGCAUGCAUGAUAUGACGACAAAGUCUCAGCACUUCGUCCCACAGGCCGACGACCCAGCGAUCGAUUCCCGCAGAGGCGCCCCCCUGCCUGUCCGAGCUGUGUUUGGGACGAUGUCCGUCCCCAAUCUUCUCGACGCCGCUGCCACUCAAGAAUCCCUGGAAUACUUUCUCAACGCGGGCUUCGAUGAGAUUGACACGGCCAUCCUCUACGAGAAAGCGGGGACGGAAGCAGCUCUAGGCAAGAUCGGUAUGUCCCGAUUCAAGGUCGCGGCGAAGGCCAACCCCUGGCGGAAGGACGACGGCAGCCAUGACUUUUCCUCUCCCACCUACGGCCUCAGACCCGGGUUGGUCAAGGAGCAACUCCGCCGGUCCAUCCGAGCUCUAGGGGUUCAGUCGGUGGAGCUUUUUUACCUUCACUCCCCAGACCACAACACGCCCAUCGAAACGACUUUGAUGGCUGUGCACGAGCUUGGGGAGGAAGGUCUCUUCCGUGAGUGGGGCUUGUCCAACUACGCGGCCGGUGACGUGUUGGACAUCUGGCGCAUCUGCAAGGUGAACGGGUGGCGGACGCCUUCCGUGUAUCAGGGAAUGUACAACGCCGUCACGAGGGACGUGGAGCGGGAGCUGCUGCCAAUCCUCAAGAAGCUGCGAAUGAGAUUUCAUGCGUAUAACCCCCUCGCUGGUGGUCUGCUAACGGGAAAGCACAGGUUUGAGAACCCCUCCGAAACAGGUCGCUUCGGCACCAGCACCGCCUGGGGGGCGAUGUACAGGAGCCGGUAUUGGCACAAGCCCUUGUUCGACCAAAUCGACCAGCUUAAGGUUCUCUGCGACAAACACGGAACCGAUCUCGUGUCGGCUUCUUUCCGGUGGAUGCGUCACCACUCGAGCCUCAGCGGGGAGCUUGGAGAUGCCGUGAUCAUUUGUGGAUCUUCGGUGGCGCAGGUGAAGAGCAACGUCGACGCCUGCAGCGAUGAGAACCCUCUCCCGAAGGAGCUUGUUGACGACUUUGAAAUGGCGUGGCAAUCGGUCAAGCCGCGCUGCCCAUCGUAUGUUCUCGAAGUUGACGGCACCACCCAGUGACGGAAAGCGCAGAGCACAGCGUGAAGGAUCUGCGCAAAACGCAACCAAUGCUACAAGCUGGUUCAGGGAAAUGGAUACAACAAGAUUCAACAGCAAAACUUCACGCCGUUUUUAGGAGUUAGACUCUGAAACUUUGCACACAUGUACCUUGGGUCAUUACGAAACGCUGUGUGGAGGUUUUUUUUUUUUUCCCUCCCCUUCGGUGUUUGCCAUCGGGGUU